AUGGCGGUGUUGCCAAGAUUCAGGCGCUGGCUGGUGGACCUCUUCACCGAACAGGACUUGUUCCGGCCGUACGAGCUGCUAGUUGCCGGCGUUGGCUUCUACCUGCCAGCUAGCUUCCGAACGACCCGGAUUCGACUGCUGUUCGCAUUAACACGACUCAUCAUGGUGUGUCAGUACGCAAUCUGGGCGGAUCGGUUCUACCUCUCGCUGCUAGACAUCCACGACGACCCUGGUAAGGCGUUGCAGUACACCAACUCCUUCCUGACGCUCUCGAUGAUGCUCGGGCGGAUGUUGGUUGUGCACUGGUACCGACUUGAUGUCGAGCGGAUAAUGGCAUUCCUCCGACGGCAACGGCGUGCUAUGCCAAUUUCUGAGAGAGAGGUGUCGUACCGACGCAUCGUUGGGCUUGCAGGUGGUUUCCAGCUCAUCGGGAUACUCGACCGCGUGUUAGUUUGCUUCUCUACACCAUACCGGCAGCUAUUGUACGAGGUACCAGCAAACAUGGCCGCUCUUGGACGUCCAGCUAGUGUCAUCGUGCAAGCGAUCUCGUUUGACUUCGCCACCCGCUGGGCUGCUGCCUACAACGUGUCUCUUACGGGUAUGAAUUCGCUCAUGAGCGGACUUCACGAUGAGCUGGCGGAUAUCGCGCGUGAUUACGGGAAGCUGUUGGAUGUUGAGGACCUACCUGGUGCGACCUGGACGCGGUUUGUCACUCGCACGACGCGUGUCGUCCGUCGGCAUGAAGCGUUUCUGGAGCAACUGAACAUGUUAAAGCCAUUCUUAUGUACCGCCUUCUUGGUGAUGUUCUACUCGGCCGCUUUAUUUCUAGCCAUCGGAACUCACCAGAUCACGUCAGCUACCAACGGCUUCAGUAUGUACCACAUCGUGCUGGGGGGCUACCUGUGUACACUGCUCAUCGAGUGCUACCGUUGCUGUCAACUGGUCGAUCAGCUGAAUGACUUGAACAAGCAGAUCGGUCAACAGCUGUAUGGGCUAGAGUGGCCUCUGGAGUUGCGUUAUUCACCGCAAGAUGAUCGCCUAUAUCGACAGACCCGCUCGUCGCUGUUGAUCAUGAUGAGCAGCUCACAGAGAAGCCUCGGUAUCACCUGCGGCGGCAUGUUCGAGAUGUCAAGUGAAGCUUUCGCCAGUCUCAUCAAGAUGAUCUACACCUUGGUGCGCUUCCUGAGUGACACCCAGAAUCUCACCUGA